AUGGGUGGCGGCAAUGCCCAGAAGUCUGCGACGGCGCGGCAGCGCAAGGCGGAGAAGGACAAGAAGCUGGCAGGCGGCAAGAGCCAGCUGGCCGACAACGCCAAGGCUCUGUCCAUCGUGUGCCAGAUCUGCCGGCAGUCCUUCAUGUGCAACAUGACCCCAGCCAAGCUGAAGGAGCACAGCGACAGCAGGCACCCCAAGCAGAAGUUUGAAGAGUGCUUCCCAGGGCAGCAGGCAUAG